GAACAGCUGAUUUCACAGCUGAUUUUAACCGCAUUUUCACAACAUUGCGCGACUCUUUGAACUUUUUUGACCGCUCUCGUUGAUAUUUUUACGUAAUAUACGUAAUUUGGAGAUCAUCAGUGAAUCACCCACGCGAGAGACGCACAUAAACCAGUAUUUCCUCGGUGGCAAUGUCGCGAUCCGCUCAAGAUGUGGCGGCGCUGCUGCGGGGAUUGCGGCUUUUGGUGGAGGCAUGUGGGCGCGAGCAUCUCGCCCACGGUCGUCAUCUUUGGAGCAACUCAAGCAUUCGUGAGCUAAUCGCUGAGAAUGCUGCGCACACAUCACAGCUGGUCAAGAAUUCCAGUAAAAAUCCAACUGAGGAGCUGAAAAAGUUGCAGAACUCCCUUCAAGAAACCGGUGAAAGGGGUUACGUGGUGGCCAAAGGAAUUUGUUCUCUGCUGGAGAUCAAAUUAAAGACAUCCCGCGAGGAGUCUACUACUGCCGAGUCAACAUCAAGCACUGGCGCUAGCAAGAAACCUUCGGCCCCAGCACAAAAUCAAGUAAAUUGGGACGCCGCUAAUCUAGAUUUAUCCUCUAUAACGCUCAAGGAGUUCGAGGAAAUCCUUUCAAAAAGGAAUAAAGAUCGCAGCAUAAGUCUGCGCACCCCGGCCACCAAAAGCAGCCAAACCAUGCCAGGCAAUCAAAAGGGCAAGGAGGCAAAAGCUGGACAAUCUGAUCCGGGAAUCAUUAGCCAGGACACCGAGUAUGUCAACAAUGUCCUGCGUUUUGUGGCUGGAGCAAAGGCAGAGGAGCACGAACCAGAUACGCAGGUGAAAAACACGAGUACCGAUCAAAAGCAGGCCAUAGAUGUUCCGGAACUGAGUAAAGUGGCAAAACAGCGCAAAGUUCCCUCCUCCCGGAUAGGCAGAAUGGCUUCUUUUGGCGGUCUGUUCGCCGGUCUGGGCAUUGGAACCCUUAAUGAGCUAACCAAGGGUGCACUGGGUCUGGGCGGAUCCACCACCAUGCGUGAAGCCCUAUUGAGUCCCGCCAAUGCCGAACGUAUCGUUGAUACGCUGUGCAAAGUGAGAGGAGCUGCUUUAAAGAUCGGACAAAUCCUGAGUAUCCAAGAUUCCAGCGUGGUGUCGCCUCAGCUGGCCAAGGCCUUCGAGAGAGUACGCCAGGCUGCGGAUUACAUGCCCGAUUGGCAAGUGGAACGGGUGAUGAACACCCAAUUGGGGGCAGAUUGGCGCCAGAGGUUAAGGAGUUUCGAGGACAAACCUUUCGCUGCUGCUUCCAUUGGCCAGGUUCAUCGUGCGACUCUUAGCGAUGGCAUGGAUGUGGCCAUUAAAAUCCAAUAUCCCGGCGUUGCCCAGAGUAUUGAGAGUGAUAUUGAUAAUCUGGUGGGCAUGCUCAAGGUGUGGGACGUCUUUCCCCAGGGAUUCUUCAUUGACAACGUGGUGCGCGUUGCCAAGCGGGAGUUGCAAUGGGAGGUGGACUACGAUCGCGAGGCGGAAUACACCGAGAAGUUCCGUCAAAUGAUUUCACCCUAUCCUGAGUACUAUGUACCACGGGUGGUGCGUGAUUUGACCACCUCCAGUGUUCUGACCACCGAACUGGUGCCGGGCGUUCCUCUCGACAAAUGUUUCGAUUUAAGCUACGAACAUCGUGCCCACAUAGCCGCCUCCGUGCUGAAGCUCUGCCUGCGUGAGCUAUUCGAGAUCGAGUGCAUGCAGACGGAUCCAAAUUGGUCGAACUUCCUUUACGAUGCGCCCAGUCGCCGGCUAAUGCUGAUCGAUUUCGGUUCGACGCGUUUCUACCGGCACGAGUUCAUCCGUAACUAUCGUCAAGUGAUCAUGAGCGCAGCUGAAGACAAUCGACAGGGUGUCCUGGAGAUGUCUCGUGAAAUGGGUUUCCUUACGGGCUACGAGACCAAGCAAAUGGAACAAGCCCACGUUGAUGCCGUGAUGAUUCUCGGCGAGAUCUUUCGCUAUGAUGGCGAGUUUGAUUUUGGCAAGCAGAAUACCACCGAAAGAUUGGCCGCCUUGGUGCCCACAAUGGUGGCGCAUCGAUUGUGUCCCCCGCCCGAGGAGAUUUACUCCAUUCAUCGCAAGCUUUCGGGCAUUUUCCUGCUGUGCGCGAGACUUAAUGUGCGCAUGAAUUGUGUUCCCUUCUACAAGGACAUUGUCCUAGGGAAAUUCAAGGACUAGAGAGGUGUAGUGGUCGCCCUUCCCUUUUUUUUUUUUUUAACCCCAUCCUAGUAGUAACACUUAAGUGCGCUUAUUUUGUAAAUGCAAUUUGCAAAACGAUUACAGAUGUUAAUGUAA